GCAAUUUAAUUAAACAAUGGAAAUGAAUUAAACAAAACUGAGUGUGUGGCUUGUUUCCAGAUUUCUCAGAUUACCAUCCAAAGCAGUGCGCUUUCCCUUUUUCAUCAUGAUACCGAGCCGCACACAUAAAAAUCACACUUACGCUACUUUUAUAACAUUGUUUUUGCAUGUUUUUUGUAUAACAUUUUAAAUGUGCUGGGGGUGGGAAAUGGAUAAGGAUGGAUGAAGGGAGGAGGAGUGUGAAGUAUGAUAGGAGGAGGGACAGGUAGGUAUAUAAGAUGCAGCCCAUUGCCUUCUCUCUUCACCAGCAUUUAUCUGUCCCCGAGGAACAGAACAGCAGCAACCAUCUAACAGCAAGAAUGGAUGCCAUGAAGUCAGAGAACGCCUCCACUCUGGAGAACGCCAUGCAGCUGAUGAUCCAGACAUUCCACAAGUACUCUGGGAAUGAAGGAGACAAAUACACUCUUAGUAGAGUUGAACUCAAGGAGAUGCUGACACAGGAGCUAGGCAACUACCUUGGGAACGCACAGGAUAAAGAUGCAGUAGAGAAAGUUAUGGGUGACCUGGAUUCAAACAAUGAUGGCGAGGUGGACUUCACAGAGUUCAUCAUCCUUGUGGGUGCCCUCACUGUCGCCUGCAAUGAUUUCUUCCUCGAGUACCACGGCAAAGAUGAAAAGAACGCUCAAAAAGAGUAGAGCUAUAUGUCCCUGAACAAAAUAAGCCAAUAUAUGAGCAGUGAGGGAUGAUGUGGGAAUAUACAGUAUGUGUUGCCUUGCUUGCCGCUGACGUUCUUUACGUCAUCUUUACUAAGAACGAAUCUUUGGGUACACAAAAUGUUCAACCGGGUACAUCACCCCUGAAACAUUCUGCAUUCAUGAAAGCAUAUGAAACGAGAUUUAAUUCUAUGACUUUGUUGAAUAUGUGAAUAAUGUUUCUGUCCUUUGUUUUUUUUAAAUGUUGGAGUAAAGUAAGCUUUCCAUAUUACAAUAAACAGCAGAAUAGA